AAGUCCGUUUGUACAUGCUUGUAUGACGCAUUAAAAUUAUUGUGGAGUCAUAAUUUUAAAACACGCGAUAAACAUGCUAUGAAACAAGUAGAGGAUAAACCGUUUUUUCUUUUUUUUCUGUCUUAUUGGUGUGAAAGAUUCAUUUUAUUAGUGGACGAAAAAAAAAGGCUGUGUUGAAUGAUGAGCCAUAAGCGGCAAAGUGAUUCGUUUAUUCAUCAAGUAAAAGCUAAAAGGAAUGAAUUGCCUAAACAAACUAUGGAAGAAUCUGAAAAAGAUACUAAAAUUUAUCACCUACUUGUUUAUUCUAAUUUCGAUAUUCUUAUGUUUUUCCUACUGUGUACAAAUCUAUCCAAUUUUUUUAUUUCCAGAGCGUUAUCGUUUGACAUUUGUGCCAUUUUAUACUUAGCGUCCAUUAUCAUUAUUUUUUUUGUUGAUCGUGUCUCAUUGAGAUGCGGUUGUGCAUGUUUUUGUAUUUGUUUUGGAGCUUUCAUCACCAACGCUUUGAUGAUGGAAACACAUUUUUCGAUACCAGACCUUCUUGACAUUCCCUUUUUUUUUAUUUUGACAGGAUUCCCUUUACCUAUACUUGUUUUGAUGGCAUCACAAAAUUUUUUCUGUUGCGUUAUAUUAAAGUUUGUUGUUCGGCGAUCCGUUUCAAAUGAAAUUACUUUUUUAACUCUUCAAAUUAUAAUUGUUUGUUUCUUGUUUUGUGUUAAAUUAAUUAUAGGUUUAUUACUUUACUUUCAAUUUUUCAUUAUAUCCAAGUUGGCGACAAAUAUAAAAAAUCAUCCUUCACAAUCCAUGAAAUUUAUUCCAGAAUUUCAUGCUAUGGAAGAGAAAGCUAUAACGACAUUGCCCAUUGCAUUCUCAUUAUCUCAAAAAGAGAUUUUAUCAGCAAAAGAACAUGCUUUUAUUCUUUUAAGACUGUAUCAAUACAGUAAAUUUCGUAAUGUUAUUCUUUCUAUGCUCCGUGAGGAUAGUAUGAAUCCGCUAUUAAAAAUGAGGAAUUGGAGAGUUUUGUGUCGAAAACGUCAGGGAUCUUUUUUUUUCUUAAAACAUCAAACCAAAUGUUUUUCUUUUACUCAAUUUCAAAAACAAGAAGAACUUCAACAACCAAUGAAAAAACAAUCAGAUACGCAAGCAAAUCAUGAAACAUACGCGGACAAUUUGAUUUUAAAAUAUUUUCUAGGGAAUAGUCUUAUUCAUUUUUUCUACGAAAUGUACCCAAAUCAAAUGAUCCAAUCAAAAUUACGGGAAGGAAAUUCAUAUGUGGUCAAAAAGAAGUAUUUGGAAGCGGCCUUGAAAGCUCAUUAUGGGCAAUAUCAAAAGCAAUGGCAUAAGAGAGUGGUUAGCCUAUCCGAUGAUUGUACCACAUGCCAAAACUAUAUUAACCUACCCACGGAAUUAAGUGAAAAGCCUCAUCUUCCUUACAAUGCCUCUGAAAUCGAAGUGUUGCAGUCUCAUAGUGUUUUAUCGUUAUCUAAACCCUUUAAACAGAAUUACGAUAAACAAAUACCACAAGAACGUUUUAUGAUCUUAAAAUCAAGUAAUGGAGAUGUUUUAUUCCCUUUAGAUCUUGUGGAUCAAUUGAACCAGCAUGUUAUGGAUUCCACUCGUCAGCAUUCAUUACUUUCCCUUUUAAAAAAUUAUCAAAGAAAACAAAAAAGCAAAGUUUUUGCAACUUUUCCCAAGUUUUUAAGAAACAAAGUAACAUUGUUAACAAAUUUCCUUAGGAAAUCAAUAUGUCUUAGACAUGAAACUAUUGGUAAAACGAAUACCUCGUUCAGCUUGAAUAAAACUCAUGAAAAAGAAGAAUGGUCUCAUAAAAACAGUUUAUUAUCACGUCCUACGUACCAGGGAAUCAAAAGACCGAUGAGUUUUGAUCCUUAUAAAAAACGCUGUUUAGAAUCUUUUAAAUGGUUUUCCUUAUACUUUUUAAAUAAUUUUCUUUUACGAAAAUCCUUUAGUGCUUUACCGUCAAUAAAAACUAAUAAAUUUAUUAGCUUUAACUCUAGGCUGUUUCGAUUGGAUAAUUCAGUGCAGCAUCAAACUUGUUUAUUAGAACAAUGUUGUAUAAGCAAAGAUGCGCCGGGAUUUCAUUAUUCAAGAAAAUUCUCAGCUUCCAUCAGUUCAAGAUGGCCCAGUGGCAAUAAUCGGAAUAGUCGCUAUAGAAAAACUUGUUCAUUACAUGAUUUUAAAAAACGAGAACCCAAACUUUAUUUUUUGUAUCAUAAAACUCGUCAAAUUUGGUUCCUUAUUCAACAAAAAAUUUGGUACUUUAUGUCUUUGCUAUGGUCUAUUCGUUGUAUUGUUGAAUACCCUCACUCCGAAUAUAUUCCUGCUCAAAUAUCCAUAGGUUCUUUUCUUGAUACGAGAGUGGAACGUUGGUAUUUAAUUUGGUCUAAUAAUGUUUUUGGUCUUCUCUUAUGUAAAUUAAGAUGGAUUCAUUUGGCUUUAUGUCUUUUACAGGUUUUGUUAUUAAUGUUUUCUUUUUGUAUAAGCUCCAUAGCACUACAGCCUAGCAUUUCAACACUUAAAACAAAAUUUCAAAUCAGUUUAAAAAUGAUUUUAUUUUCGGUUCAAAUAAGUUUUGCAAUUUACGUCGCUUUACGUAACUCUAUUUCAAAAAAUUGUCUUCAUAUCGUUUCUCAUGAGUUUAAAAUAAGAACUAUAAGCCUUGCCAUCUUCAACUUGUUACUAGUACAAGCCCAAGUGUUUCUUGAUAGCUCCAGUCUUCCACCCUCCCAUAUAUCCUUAACGACAAAACAAUCUACUUUACUCUACAUGUCCGCAGUGCUAAAAGAAAGCUCACUGUUUGUUUGUUUAUUGUCUUUUGGAUUACAAUGUUUUGCAUCUGAAAAAAUAACAAACUAUUCUAUUGGAUUCAUCUGUAUCACAACAUUAUUUCUUGGACCUUUAUUUGGGUAUAUAAUUCAAACAUGGCCUGAGAAUAUGAGAACAACAAUAUAUCGGGAAUAUACCCUUGUUCCUUGUUUGGGAGAAAAAUACAAUAUUACUGUCAUCAUUGAUAAAACUGUUGUGUAUCCUCUCGUCCGUUUGCUUUAUCUCUACGGCUCACUUUUUCUUUUGUAUUAUUUUAUAAGCAGAGCUAUACAAAAAACAUUUCGAUGUUUAUUUUCUCAAACAGCUUUGUGGUACCUUGUUUAUCUUGAUGCCUUAAUUCCCAUUCAUUACAAUAAAAAAAGCCCAGCGCUCUAUGUUCCAAAAAAUUAUUAAAUUUAAAAGACUAUUACUUGUACUAUAAAGGGUUCAAAAAAGAAAAGAUAUGUCUCACAUCUUUUCCAAAAAAAAAAUAAAAUUUUAAAGUUGAGAAAAUUUGCGGAGGGUUAUUUCUAAUUGUCUUUGAAAUGGACAUAAUAUUUUAAAAAGAGUAAUGACUAUUAUUUUUUUAUUUUUUAUUUUAAGCGCGUAAAUAACAUACAUGGAUGCUUUAUAAAUACAUGCACACCUUACAUGCACCCACAAAGAUCUGUCGAGUGAUCCCACACGUUCUUGUAUGACUCGAAAAAUAUUCAAAAACAGAUCAUUCAACCUUCUGUAAAUGAAUGAUUUUCUGAUUAGGAUGAAUAAAACAAAAAGCGCUUUGAGACUUUGUUUUUUUUUUAUUUUGUGUACUCUACGUGUUCAUCCUUGUAUCACUAACUUUUUUUUUUUUUCCUUUUUGUAACUGUAUAAUAAAAGUGAUGACCUCCUUUCUGCAUCUGACUUGUUUUCAUAUUUAAAUAGAAUUUCUAGUAAGACUUGCAUUAUGAGGAGUAUAAGAAAUUUUAACUUGUAAAGUCGAAAAGACCUUGAGCUAAGAUUUUUACAGCUUUAGGACUUUAACUUUACUACAAUGAUCAUUUAUGCGCACACAAGUUGUGCAAUAAUAAAAUGUCACUUCACAAAAACAUUGCAAUGUAUUCAUUUGUAACGCGUUUUUUAUUAAAAUGUCAUGCAAGAAACAAUUCAAUUCGCGUUAUGUAAUUUUAUUCAUCAUUUUUUUGAAUCCAAUUCUACUAAAAGUAUAGUAUUGUCAUGUUAUUGUGAAACAGGACGCGUUCAGGGCCUUAGUGUACUGAGUCAAGCAAUCUCUUGCUUGAUUCGAAUCAUAUCAUUCGCAUCUAGGGUAGUAAACGUCCUAAUAACUUUUUUUUUCCAUGAUGAUUUGUGUUUAGUGAACACUAAAAAUCGUCUUACGAAGCUUAAUCGGUUUUUUUAACUAGAAAUCUAUCGGUAGAAUUAGAUAAGCUAUUUUACUGUUCCAAUUUAAAGCUUACUUUUUAAAAUGUUUUCCUAAAAGCGCAGCGGUUUUCUUCUUCUAUUUCAUCUCGCUUUGUAUAGUUUUGUUGUAGAAUACUAAGCUUUAAAUUACUUUGUUUUUUCUUGAGUUGCAUUGAAUGUAUUCCUUUCUUAUCUUAUAACGUAUUGAAGUGACUUGAUAGUUAAACUAUUUAUGCUCAGUUUCUUUUUGCUUUGAUACAAUAAGAAAUAUUUUGUUAAAUAAUGUCAAAUAAAACUUGUGACAAAACGUUCUGUUAUAUAGAAGUGCAAGCACUCGUCGAUCGAAUAAAGAUUUACGGAUUGCAUACAACUGAUUGAGGAAGAAUCGUGUAACUUUGUGAGAGAAAGAAAAAAAAUAGCCUAAAACAAUUUUACUCUUUUCAAAAAAUGGGGAUGUCUUAUAAAAGAAAAACAUGUGUUUAAAUUGUUGUGGUAAAAAAAGUAAAUAUUAAAAAUGAAAGUCGUUUGUUUCACCAUGUCCAUUCAUACACAAAAAAAAGGAAAAUACAGAAUUUGAUUGUUUUAAAAAUGUUUUUUUUUUAAUUCAAAAGAACAUCUUUUUAUGUUUGACUUUUAACUGGUUUUUAAUGAUGGAGAUUCAUCAGAAAAUU